GUCAGCACUAGAGGGCAGGUUUAUGAUACAUUACAGUAGAUAAUCUCACGACAGUCUUCUUAAAUCUCUGUUUCUUAGUGUAAUCGAUCUCGUGAGUGAGGAGUGAAGUCUGUCGAUGUGUUUUGGAGACUCCAGAGAGACUCAGAUGAGUUUAUAUGUGCACAUUUCAUCUUCAUUACAAUACAUCUGACUUUUGAUUUCAAGGCGUUGGCGGAAAAUGGCACUUGGUGCAGACUAUACACGAAUGCUAUCGACUGCGAGAGUAAAAGAGAAACUGGGCUUAAGUAUUCCAGAUUUCAGUCUCCCCAGCAUGAGGAUUGUUCUCCUGGGGAAGAACGUGUCAGAUAACAGUCGAGUGGGAAACUUCAUCUUAGGAACAGAUGCGUUUAAGAGUGAAGCUCCUGAUGAGAAGAUGCUCCAUCAGAGCAGUCAGAGAGUUGGAGGAAAACUAAAGAAAAGUCACGUGACUGUCAUCAUCAAUUCUCAGGUGUUCCAGCCAAACAUCUCAGAUCAUCAGAUCACACAGACGGUGAGAGAGUGUGUGAAUCUGUUUGAUCCAGGACCUCAUGCCUUUAUACUCAUACUGAAGCAUAAAGACUUCACCGAGGAGGACCUGAGAAGAGUGAGGUGUGUGCUAAAAGAGUUCAGUGAAGAAGCCAUUAAACACACUAUAGUGCUCACGACUGAUGAAGAGACACAUGGUGGUCAACAGGCUUCUGUGAAAGUUAAUGAAUUCAUUCAACAGUUAACUGAAGAGUGUGGAGGAGGACACCUUCAGUUUAAGGAUAAAAAAACAAUCCGCUCACAGAUUUUCAAAAGAGUUAAGAAUGCACUGAAGAUAAAAUAUCAUCCUGAGACAAUGGAAGAAACACCAAAGAUCGCCUCAUCAGUGGACGCAGAAGACAGCGGAUCCAUGGAUUCUGAUCUCUCAGAGGAUGAAAAUAUUGAUGAGAGCCAUAAAGAGAAAAAGGAAGAAAGAAGAACGCGCGGUUUACCUAAGUUCCCAAACCCUUUUAGCAGGAGAGAGCGAAGUCCAUCUACGGAUAUUCGUCCUGAUAUGUCUAAGCUGAAUCUGGUUGUGUGUGGGAGGGACGAGACAUUAAAAUCCUCCAUAUCAGACCUGAUCCUACAGCAGACAGUCAGAAGAUCAGAGUGUGUGAGGAGAGAGGUGAAGAUUCAUGGCCGUCUGAUCAGUCUGCUGGAGCUUCCAGCUCUGACUCGUCUCUCAGAAGAGGAAGUGAUGCGUCAGACUCUCAGCUGUCUGUCUCUCUGUCAUCCUGGAGUUCAUGCUUUCCUCCUCAUUGUUCCUGUUGGUCCACUUAUUAAUGAAGACAAAGCAGAAAUAGAGAAGAUCCAGAAGAUAUUUGGCUCCAAAGAGCAUUUUGUUCUGCUCUUUGCCACUAGUCUCUCUGUUGAAGGACUUGCAGAAGCUUUUGUCAAGUUCAACACAGAAUCUCAGAGGUUAAUCAGUCUCUAUGGAGGUCAGUACAAAGUGAUGGGGUUAAAGGAACCUGAAAACUCCAGACAGAUCCCAGAACUACUGGAUUAUAUAGAGAACAUGAAGAAUGAACCCUAUUCACCUCAGAUGUAUGUGAAAACACAAGAGAACAAAGUCAGACAUGAACUGGAAGAACAACACAAGAAAGAACUGGAGGAAAUGGAAAAUGAGAUCAAAGAAUUAAAGCAGAAGAUUCAGACAGGAGCUGGAGAUGAACAAGAUGAGGAUUGUCGGAGGAUCGUGCUGAUCGGGAGGACAGGAAGUGGAAAGAGUGCAACAGGAAACACUAUUCUGGGAAGAGAGGAGUUUGAAAGUGACUUAAUUUCAGAUUCAGUGACCACUGUUUGUCAGAAGGGAGUUGGAGAAGUCAAUGGUCGAUCAGUAGCUGUUAUCGAUACUCCUGGUAUCUUUGACACAACACUGCCAGAUGAGCAAGUAGCAGAAGAAAUAGUGAAAUGUGUUUCACUCUCGUCUCCUGGACCUCAUGUGUUUGUCAUUGUGUUGAGUUUGGGAAGAUUCACCAAAGAGGAGAAUGAUACUAUGCAACUGAUAAAAAAGAUCUUCGGUCCAAAAGCUGCUCAGUUCAGCAUCGUUCUGUUCACUGGAGGAGACAAUCUUAAGAGUAAAUCUAUAGAGGAUUAUGUGAAGAGAAGUAACAAUGCAGGACUCAAGAAACUGAUCAGUGAUUGUGGAGACAGAUUCCUGGCUUUCAAUAAUAAUGAAGAACACGACAAAAGUCAAGUGAUUCAGCUGUUCAGCAUGAUAGAAGAGCUGAAGAACAGUAAUGAGGGUCGAUACUUCACUAACAGCAUGUUUGAGGAGGCUGAGAUGUCCAUUAAGAAGAGAAUGGAGGAAAUAAUGAAAGAGAGAGAGAGAGAAAUUCAGGAUCAACAUGAGAAACUGAGAGCCAAAUAUGAGACAGAAAUGGAAGAGCUCAAGAAGGGACUUGAGGAAGAGAGAAGAAAAGCAGAUGAGGAAAAAAUACAAAGAGAGAAGGAGUUCAGACAAAAGGAGGAGAAACUGAUAAAAGCGUUUGAGGAAAAAGAGAAAACAGAGCGACAAAAACGUGUGAUUGAAAACCAGAAACGAUCAGAAGAAGAAAUACAGGAAAGAGCUGAAUAUUAUAGAAAAAUGGAAGAGAUGAAGAGAGAGAUUGAAAACCAGAGAUCACAGUAUGAGAAACAGCAAAGAGAAAGAGAAGAAGAAGAUAGAAAGAGAGAAGAGAAAUACAGACGAGAUCAAGAAAAGAUGAGAAAUGAGAAUGAAUGUGCCAUGGCCGAAUUAAAACAGAAACAAAAAGAAGAAACUAAAAAGAGAGAUUUCGUGGAGAAAAGGAGGAAUGAAGAAGAAGAGAAAGAGAAACAAGAAUGGGUGAGAAAAAUAAAAGAGGCUGAAAAUGACAGAAAAGAGAUUCAAGAGGAAAUUAAAAGACAGCAGAGAGAAUGGGAGGAUAAAAAUAAACGACAGAUGAGAGAACGAGAGGAAGAUGAAAGAACGAGAAAAGAGAGAUAUGAGGAUCAACUGAGAGAAAAACAAGAAGAACUGGAGAAAAUGAGAAAGAGAUUUGAAAGAGAGAGAGAAGAAGAACGACAGAAGAUUGAGGAGGAGAGACGGAAACAGAGAAGAGAGAAAGAAGAUAAAGAGAGAGAAUAUGAACGAAUGAAAACUGAAACGGAAAGACAUUAUGAAAGACUAGAGCGAGAGAGAAAAGAGGAGUGGGAGAGAAGAAAAAGAGAGGAUGAUGAGAAACAAGAAAACGAGAGAAAGAGAUGGAAGAAAGUGAUUGAAGAUCUGAAACAUGAACAAGAAGAAGAGAUUGUGCGGAGAGAAAGAGAGGAGAAGGAGAGAAAGGAAAGAGAAGAGAAAGCGCGAGAUGCAAUGAAAGAGAAACAUGAGAUAGAAAUAAGAUCCUUGAUGAAGAAACAUGAAGAUGAAGCCAGAAGACAAGCAGAAGAACUGAAUGAUCUGAGAGAUGGAAAAGAGGAGCUCAGACAGAUGCUGAAUAAGGAUCAAAAACAGUAUGAAUUACUGGAAAAACUCUUUCAACAUUUCAAAGAAGAGAAAAGUGAGGAAGUGGAAAAACUAAAAAAGGAGAUUGAGGAUUUAAAAAAUAGAUGGUGUUCUGUUAUGUGAAGCUUUUUUUCCUCUUUAUAAAGGAGCCAGAAUUAAAGCUCUGGUGUAAGUGAGCUAGCACACAUAAUAAAACCAGCACAACCGAUGAAACAUCAAGUCCUGCAGGCUUUAGAGGUUAAUAUGAGGGAGACUGUCACACGUCGGUCAGGCUUAUCACCCACAGCGCACUCUCUCACUCGAGCAUUAAUCACCAGCACCUGUUCACAAUCCAGUCAUUUAAUCACCAGCACCUGAUCUCAUUCAUCUCACCACCACAAAAGCCCACACCUCAGUCAGUCUGAUCUCGUAGCUGCACAGCGGAAACCUCCCGCUUACAAGCUACUAGCAUUGACUCUCUACUAACCUCUCUACCUAGCUCUUUGUCUGUACUCUUUCUUUCUGUAUUUAGAGCUCUUUUGUCCAGUCAUCAUAACCCUGCUCAACACUGCCUCCAGAUUCACUCACUUGCACACAAUAGAAUUCGUAAAAACAGAAAUGCAAACUCAGAAUAUGAUGCAAACCUGCUAUAGUUAAAUAACACAUAUCCUUUUAUUUUUUCACUGAAUUUAAUUUUUAUAAAGUACCAACUGCGCUGUCAAGUUAGCAAUGCUGGAACUGAUGUGUGUGUGUGUGU